AUGCACAACCAUUCGAGAAACCUCCGAUCAAGGAAAUCCUCCUCGUUGGACAUUCCCACAUCCAUGUUACCAGUGGUAGAUGCUAUUUGUUUGGGAUAUCCAUCCAUCAGUAGAGAGAGAAUCAUCGUGUUAUUGAAAAAGUAUCAUUAUUCGGAACAAAAAGUGAGAGAAUAUUUGGAUCAAUGGAUGAGAACGAUGAGUCAGUCAUCAUCAUCCUCUUCUUCUUCUUCUUCUUCUCUCGGAACGAGUAGUGUUGGUGGAAGUAUCAGUGCUCUCUCGGAUCCGAAUCAUCAAAAUCCAUUUGCAUCAUUAUCAUCUGUAUCAACCACACCAAUAACCACAACCACUACUACUCCUCCUCUUCUUUCAGAAUUCUCUCCAAGCAAAUUUGUAAAUAAUAAUAACGAAUUAGCGGACAAGUUUGAAUUGAAGAACGAUCAAACACCAACCACCACCACCACCACUACAUCUCCAAUGAUGAUUAAUUUAUCUGUACAUGAUCAACAAAUUCAUUUUGAAUCAAAUCCGACUCGAAUCGUAUACUCGGAAUCGUCAAAUUCAAAAAACGUUAAAGCAAAAAGAAAGGGAAAUGUUUCUUCACACAUUUUUAAAUUAGCAUCUCAAAUUGACUCGUCAGCUCUAUCAUUGACUGAUACUUUUCUGCAAAUUACUCAAUUUAGAAAUUCUCUGGAUGAAUCAUUGUUUGAAUUGAGCGGAUUGUUGAAAGAAGAAAUUAAAGGAGUUUCUAACACUCAAAACGUGGAAUCAUUACCUCGAUCUACUGCUCUGCAAGUAGACCUUGUAAAUAGACAAUUAGCAGAGUUAGAAGUUUAUGAACAAAAUCUUCACCAUUUCAUCGCUCAAAAUAGUAAUGCAAAUAUAACACCAGAAAUUUUGAAUGGAGUGGAGACAAGAGAGAAAAUGAGACAUGAAGUAUUGUGCAAUUUACGAAAUUUAUCAAAAGAACUUUACGACAAGCUCACAAUUUACGAACAAAACGAAAAACUAGUUUCUAACAUUUCCGAAAUGGAACGACUUUUCAAUCUUGUACAACCCAAAUACCAAUCCACCAACAUCAAUAUUUCACAAGACAGUAAUUUUGUUGAAUUAUUAUCUAACGCAGAGAAAUACACAGAAUACAUCAAAAAGGCGAACCAAAAGUUAUCACUGGCAUACCAAAAAACAAAUAAGGCCUAUUUUGAACUUUUGAAUGCUCUUCAAGAUGAAAAAAGACUCAUUGAAGAGUUUAAGAAUGAAACGGAAAUGUCAACCGAUGAAUGUGCUAGAACAAUUGUGCAGUUAACUCCUGCAUUUGUGCAAUGCUGCAAAAAUUCAGACACGUUAAAUCUGAACGAAAAUGUCACUCAUAUCAAGGAACUGCAAUCUUUUUAUUCGAAAAAAAUUGAUGAAUUGAGAAUAUCGGUGGAUACAAAAACCAAACCAGACUUAAAAUCGAUGGAACAAAUAUAUUCAACUCUUUGUGGAUUGAAAUCAGAAUUAAGAGAAGCUAAAAGAAAUCAUUUAAAACUAAAAUUCAUGAAAGAAUCACAUGAAAUCGAUGGAGCAAGUAAGGAAGUUUUAUCGUCUUUGGAAACACAAGUUCAACAAGCAAGUGCUGUUGUCAAUGAAUGUGAACAAAAAAUUCAAACAUUGGAAAAGGAUAUUGAAACUCUGAGCCAAACUCAUCCAGAAGUGACUCUCUACUUGAAUACUAUUUCAAAACAAGAGAUUCAAAUACCUAAUCUAUUGAAAGACUCCAAACUUGAAGUGAAAAGAUCGUUAAAAGAUUAUGAAAUUCUAAAAUAUAUUAAUCCGAGAGUUUUGAAAGUGAAAUUUGCAAAUAAGAUAUCCAUUUUGAAACAAUAUUCAUUCUCGGAUGAAUCGAGUCGAAGACAAUUCAUUAAGGAAGUUCACAUUUUAUACAAACUCAAUCAUCCUUGUGUGGUCAAGUUAGAAGCUUUUUUCAUUGAGAAAGAUUUUGUCCAUGUUCAAAUGGAAUAUAGAGGAGAUCAAACAUUGAAAGAAUGGCUCUCCUCCACUAAAUCUCGUUCUGAAUUUGAAAAAAGACACAUUUUCCAUUCCAUUGCACAAACCAUGAAAUAUAUUCAUGACAAUGGAAUCAUUCAUUGUGAUAUCAAACCUGAUAACAUUGUACUCUCUCCUCUCUUCUCAACCUUGACUCGAUCAUGCGAACCAAUCAUCAUGAUGGAACAACCACCACAACAACAUCAGGAGGACAAUGACAUUGCACACAUGUAUCGACCCAUUCUCAUUGAUUUUGACAUUUCCAAAGAUACUCAUUCUCUCACAAAAAGUUCCAUCACCAUUCGAAGUACACUUGGAUUUAUGGCUCCUGAAUUGGUUCAUGCAACGUUUGGUAGGAAUGAGGAAUUCACACGUUCACUCAUUUCUCCAGCCAUUGAUGUUUGGGCCUUUGGAGCCAUGAUGUUCAAAGCAUAUUUUCCAGAUCAUGAAAUCAUCAUCAUGCCCAAUGAGAGUAGUGCUACCAUUCCAGAUCAUUAUGAGAAUGUCUAUCUCAAAGAUUUACUUUCACAAUGUCUUCAAAAAGAUCCUAAACAACGCAUUUCUGCACAAGACCUUGCUUCACACAUUUACUUUCAUUCUUCAAUCUUUCAUGAACUUUCAUUGCACGGUCAGAUUGUCACAACAGAAGACAAGAUGCAAUCAUUUAGUCGAUUCUUGUAUCACUACAAAAGAAGAAUGCAAAGAGAAAAGUCUGAAAUUAUUCAAAUCAAAAUGAAGAGAGAGAAACUUGUCAACCACACCAUUGAAGCAUUUUCAUCUUUGAAUUCUGAAGAUUUAUUGCAACGUUUACAAAUUCAAUUUUAUGGUGAAAUUGGACAUGAUUUGGGAGGUUUAACCUCAAACAUGUACACUGAAUUUUUCAAGCAAUGCAUUUCUCCAGAAUAUGAUUUAUUUGAAUGUGGAAAUAGCAAAACAAAAACCUUCUUGCCAAAAUCAAGUGCUGAUCCGAAAAUAUUUGAAGCCAUUGGUAAAAUAUUAAUUAAGGCAAUUUAUGAUCAAAGAGUCAUUCCUGAAGUAUUCUCCCCUUUUUUAUUUAAAUUUCUAUCGUACAAACCUAAUACAAUGAAUGAUGAUCUCAACUUCACUAAACUUGUGAUAACAUUUAGAGAUUUAGAAUUGUUCGAUGAGACAAUGGCCAAUUCGCUACGUUUGUUACUGGCUCAUAGUGGAGUUGAUGAAUGGUGUCUGGACUUUUCUGAAAUUCCAGGAUGUGAAGAAAAGUUGGUCACCGAUGAAAACAAGAAGGAUUAUGCAUUACUUAAAAUUAGACAUGUCAUGCUGACACAAAGAUUGGAACAAUUGAAAGCUCUUAAAAAAGGUUUUGAAUCGAUUGAAGAAUUACAACAGUCACAACUCAUUAUAUUUUCAUGGAAAGAGCUCAUGUUGUUAUGUUGUGGAUCUGACUAUAUUGACGCUCAAUCGAUCAUUUCCUUGUUGAAAUUUAAAGGAUUUUCAUCGAAUAGCUCAACACCAAAUUACCUUAUUGAAGUAAUAUCACAUUUUUCCACAGUUGAGUUGAGACAAUUUAUUGAGUUUGUCACUGGGUUGUGUGGCUUUUCUUAUGCUUGGUCUCAACAAGGAUCUACUCAACAACGAUAUAUCACCAUCCAAAGAGUUUCAUCAUCAAGAGAUUCUCUUCCUGUAUCUCAUGUGUGUUCAUUUACCUUAGACAUGCCAGACUAUGAUGAUAAGGAUUUACUGAAAUUGAAAUUGUUGCAAGCAAUUGAUUUCUCUUCCAACUCAAUGACAGGAUUUCACAUCAUUUAG